AUGGAAGACGCAUCUGAAUGGCUACAACUCCAUAACCUGAUGGAUGGUAACCGAGAUUGCAUAGGUCCUGUUCAUCAAGGUCCACAUGUCUGGAAAAAACCGCCUCCUGGUAUAAUAAAAUGUAAUGUGGGAUCUUCAUGUUCUAACAUAUCCAAGAGAGGUGGCGCUGCUUGGAUUGUAAGGAAUAAGUUCGGUACUGUCUUGUGCCAUGGUCGACGUUCCUUCUCUAAUAUAUCCUCUCCGGUCAAUGCUGAUCUCCAGGCUCUUUCUUGGGCUACAAAAGCUAUGGUUCAUCUCAAAAGGAAGAAAGUUUUGUUUGAAUUAUCUCUGAAGGUGUCAUGUGAGGCUUUGGGCACACCAUGGGCGUUUCCGGAUCAUAGAACCUUGAUUAAUCAGUUGUGGAAUCGCAGGCACCAAUUUGAAUUAUGCCAGUUCAAUCUUGUCCCUCUGGGGUGCAAUUAUCCAGCAACAGAGAUUGCAGUCAGUGUUACAAGGGAUGGGAGACUCCAAUCGUACGUCGCAAGCAAUGGUCCUUCCUGGCUUGCAUCACAACUCCGUGUUGAUGCAGUGAACGCGGGGUUUUAA